CUUUCAAUCCCACUUUCCUAUAAAACCUCAUACUACAACCGGAAGCCACACUCGAAUUUCUCUCUCUCUGCGGCUCGUUGAGAAAGUCCACGGAGACAAUGGCGGGAAAGCAAGUCGCCGGCGAGGGCUUGCCGGCCAACAUUGCCGGAAUGUCGAAAAGCCAACUAUACGAGAUUAUGUCCCAGAUGAAGACACUUAUAGAACAAAACCAGCAGCAAGCGAGGCAGAUCCUUAUCCAAAACCCUCUCUUGACUAAAGCCCUUUUCCAGGCUCAGAUUAUGCUUGGAAUGGUUAAGCCCCCUCAAGUGAUUCCUACCAUUCAGCCACCUGCAUCACAGCAAUCUCAGCAAUCAGCUCAACCGGCUCCACAGUUAAACAUCCAGCCAGCACAAUCAUUGCCUGGUCAAGUCGGAUGGCAGGACCAAGCUGCUGCAUCUCAGAUCCAACCUCCCGUAAGGAAGCAUCUUCAAAACCAAACUGGGACACAAAUCUCUGCUGCUGCUGCUGUUCCUGCAGCAAACCUUCAGUCUCAACCCAUGCCACCACAUUCCUUACAGAUACCACAGCAGACGAAGGGACAUUUGAAUCCUCCAAUGUCCCUUCCACCAUCGUCCCAACUCCCAAAUGUACCUCCUCUUCCUCUACAUUCAUCUUCACUGCCCCCUCAUCAUCAUCAAACCCAUAUGCCAACAGCCUCUAGCAAGUUGCAGCAGCCAUUGCAGACAACUGGAAUUCCUCAUAUGCCUUUGCAACCACCAAUGCGACCACAGGCAAGACCACCUUCAGUGCCAACUUUCCAUCAUCAGUAUGCUCCACAAAUGGGUCCUAAUGCAGGUUUCCCUCCUCAGCAUCUUUCACAGCCGAUGUUCCAUUCAGGUAAUACACCUCCUUCUGGCCUUGGACCUUCUUUUCCACAAGGACAGCCACCACAACCAAGUCAGCUGCUACCCCAAUCAAUGUAUCAAAAUCAGGCAGGAGGCUUGCAUAUAGGGUCUGAGUUUGGCAACCAAGUUGGAGGUUCCAUGCAGGCAGAUAGAGGAUCUUCUUGGAUGUCUAGCCAACCAGACAAUUCAACACUAACACAGCUUCAAGGACCCCCAGCAUUGGUUCCCAGUCAGAUGGGUCCAGGAAAUCAGCCCCCUCGCCCUGCAUCGUUGACUCCUGAAAUGGAGAAGGCACUACUACAGCAGGUAAUGAGCCUCACCCAAGAACAGAUUAAUCUCUUGCCACCAGAGCAAAGGAAUCAAGUGCUUCAGCUCCAACAGAUUCUGCGCCAAUGAGAAGGCUUUACUUCAGCAGGUCAUAAGCCGCACUGGGAAGCAGAUCAAUGUCUUUCCUUCACACAACAAUGGAACCAAAUGUUAUGCUAUAUUCCCCUGACAUAGCAUGUGAGGAACCUGUGUGAUAGAUGGUAACUGAUCUGAUACAGUCAAAUCCCAACCGAAGAAAAUUGUUUUUCUGCUGUUAUACUGCUGCCAAUUCAGCAUUUGCUGCGGAGACUUAUAUAGAUGCAUUUUAUCUUAAUCUCCUUGGAGUCUUGGAAAUUUAUUUGUGGAUUUGUAGCCUUUUUAAAGUUGAUUGUUGGCACAUUGGUGGGCCCUUGCGAAGAUACGUUUCUUUAAUGUGUUGUAAGUUAACAAACUUUAAGUUGCGAAGAUGCCUUCGCACUAUCCACUUCCGGGCGCAUCGCUAAUACAUGGCAUACAUAAUCGAGGAGAAGCGGAGAAGCCUUAUGCCAUGUACUUUCUUUCUAGUCGCUCUACGACAAUUUCAUUUUUCCAAAA